GAACAUUUUGUGAGGGCACUGUAAAUUUCUGAUCAGGUGAUUUUCGGAGGCUCUUUCAAAAAGUUUUCUGUAAUGUGAUGCCACCUUGGGGACUGGCAAAAAAGCCUGUCAAGUUGUUCCUUAAUUUCUCAUUCGGACAGUUUCUUUCUCAGCCUUUGGAAGAUGAUCAAAUUAUAAUAACCUCCAACGGCAUUGGAUGUAAAGAUAUAUAUUUUAACAUUGAUAAACUAAAUGCAUUGUUAUCUGAAAGUGGAAUACCUGUGGUUUUCUGUGUGGCUUAUAUUGCUGAAGUUGUUAUUUCCCUUCCAUGGAGUGUCGAAAUCAAGGGUAUCGAUUUUGUUAUUCAAGCAUUAUCAGAAGUUUCCUCCCCAUCUGGAACAGAUGAACUGUUCAAUUCAAUGAUAUCUAGUGUAUCAACCGCAGCUUUCGCUGUAGCCAAAGCUGCAAAGGAUUCUACAAUCCCUGACAAUUUUUUCGAGGAAACGUUUACUCACACAUCAGACGAUGUUGAUCUUAAUGACAAAGAAAAAAUUCCAAAAAGUUUACAAGAGCAAGCUUAUCAAUUUUUCGAAAAUCUUACAGCUGCUGCCGAAACAAUGAAUGUUGGUACAAAAGGCGCAAGCUCUUACGUUGAUCAAGACAGUAAACAAAGAAUUGCUCAUAUGAUCGAUUCAUUGAUUGCACAGACCACUAUAGUUCUACGCGAUGUUAGUAUUCGUAUUGAAUGUGAAUUAAGACUUCCUGGAAUAGAUCGUGCCUCAGGAUUAACCUUAACCAUUAAACAUUUAUCUAUUUCAAAUCAAUAUAAGACUGAAGAAAAACAACAAUCAACUCCAUCGAAUACAUCCAGCAGUGGUCGUUGGUCAUGGUUAUGGUGGUGGCAAAGUUCAAAUAACAAUAACGUCCCUACCGGAAAUAGCUCAGUAUCAUCAUCGUCAUCUACUAAUUCUACCUCUACACCAGCCGGAAGUUUAUCAACCAUGUUGCAUAAAAUCAUCCACUUGGAAGAGGCUGAUUUAUUCUGGGAUUUAUGGAGUACUUCUGGUCAUGUGCAAGGUUGUUCAAGCUUGUGUAGUUCUCUAGAUCCAAGCCAACCUCCAUGCUCUCCACUUCCUAACAAGACAUGUGGUCCAACAGCUGAUACACUUGUCUCAUCAGCUAAACUUCUAACGUUAUCUGGUUCAGAGCAUACUGCGCGAUUGAGUUUACGUGUUGGUUCCGCAUUGAAUGUGUCACACAGCCUUACACCUUCAAAUAUACAAUUAGAUGAUCUACCACGAACGAUUAAUACUGAUACUAACAACUCUAACACCAACUUGGUUAAUAUGUCAGACUUUCAGUUACGUUUACAUGUGGACUUGGGACCUAUUGUUGCUUGUGCUUAUCCUAGUCAGUUUUACUGGUUACACAUGAUGAUUGGUCAACUUGUACAUAUUUAUGACGACUAUAUAGAACAUAGUAAAAAGAUAUCAGAACAAACUAAACUAGAAAAUGAUAUGACAUAUUACUAUUCUGAUUUAUUAACAAAUAACAAUUUAUCAAAUAUAAUGGAUGAGAAUGGUUGUAUCAGUGUAGCUACAUCAACUUUGAAUAAACAUAUUGGUGAUUAUUCGGACCAUAGAAACUAUCAAAAACCCCAUUCGCCUUUGCGUAAUAAACCUAGAGAAGCUCAUCUAAUUGAUUUAGAUUUAACACCGAGCCCAAUCAACCCUCAAAAUCUAACCUCUACAAUGCUAAAUAGUGAAUUAUUUCGCUCCUGUUUGAGUGAUGUGUCAACUACCACGAUGUAUGGAGAUAAUGCCAUUCCAAACCAACAUUUUGAUCAUCUCUACUUACCAAAACCUGAUAGUAAUAAUGAUUCAGCUCAAGUAGCUACAAAAUGUAGUAUGUCAGUAAAUAUACUAUGUAUAGCUUUUGUAGCUUUUUAUGAAGAUGAAUCUGUAUUGACACGUGAACAGAUAGCUGAAGGAACUUCAUUUUCCGCAUCAUCUAAUAUGAACUCCUCUGUACAUAAUUGGCGAUCAAAUGAAGAGAAGUUAUUAAAAAAAGAUGAUUCACUAGGAUUGAAUGAACAAGAUUCACUAAAUGCUGAUGAGAUAAAUGAUACAAGUACAUUACCAGAACAUCAGUCACGUAAUUGUGGUGAUAAUAAGUAUUAUGGUCAUAAUAAUAAUGAUAAUUCUGCUGGCUCUUACUCUACAACAACUGGUUGUACAGCGAUAUUACCAGGGCCAUCAAUAUUUUUUGGACGAUUUCAUGGUCUCAUACCAACUCCAAAUUGUCGGUUAAAAUCUGAUAGUGCUCGCAAUCAAUUAGAUGAUAACGAAGACGGGGUGGAUAUGCUGCAUUCUAAGUGUCAACCGAUGAUUAUUAACCGUCAAGAUGUGGAUACUGGUCGUAUGUCUCCUUCGGAAUGGGUAUCACAUUUGAAAUAUCAAUUUUCCAAUAUGGCUUAUCCUCGUGAUCAUCUAUGUUUCGUCGGUGGUUUAUGGCAUAUGGAACUUUCUAAUAAUUAUUUGAUUAUACCACGUGGUCCAUCGAUAAAUCAAUACUCCUCCUCCACUCAAUUAUGCUUUAAUAUCCAACUUUUUGGAGUUCACUUAUCAGAGUGUUUAUUUCCUAGUCAAACCAUCACGACAACAAAGAAAGCAAAUGAACUGAGGACACAAAAUAUAAAAUUGGAAUCAUUUGAACUAUUUCAUUUUCCAUGCCCUUCUACAUCGUCAUUCCCGGGAUCCGAUCGCACAACAAGAUCUCUUUCAAAUGAGCCCGCUAUAAAAUUACAUGGGAAUUUAUAUUUACCUCAUAUAGAUGUAGAUAGUCCUUCCAGGAUAACUUCAGGGUCACAGAUAUACCAAGACUUUGUCGAUGAAAUUCACAUUGAUUUUACUCAUUUCUGUGUGGAUUUGGAUAUCAGUAUUAUGGAUCGUAUACAUCGUAUUACCGAUGCAUGGGCAGCUGCAUCGGAAGCUGUUAGUCGUUUAUCACCAUUAAGACCAUCUGAUUUUAACCAUCAUACAGAAUGGUGUGAUACAGACAUAAAUAAUGAUAUUCCAGUUACAAUGAAGUCUGGUCAUGAUCAUCAUGCAGAACUGAAUUCAGUUAAUAAAUCCAAAAAUUCAUUCACACACAACAUCCCUCCUUCAACCGAUUUUCAAUCAAAUCAAAUAGAUUCAUUGAGGCAUUUUCAGUCAUCAACGAUUAUGACAGUGAAAUGUCACAGUUUUGAGCUUAAUUUACGCUUUCCUAUUCCUAUAGAAGCAAUAAAAACGACCUCUGGUCAAAAAAUUGCAGAAAUUCGUUCAAAAUUAUGGGGUGCCGGGACAGUAUACAACUUGGAUCAAUCAAAUUCUGUACAAAGUAUAUCAUGGUGGGCUAGGACAGUUCGUAAAGAAUAUCUUUCUAUAUUUAUGAAAAAAAUUCGUCUAACUUUUGAUAAUUCCAAAGAGUCAUCCCCGAAAUUACAACCAUUUGGUAGACCAAACGAUCAUUUACAAAAUGUUACAAAAUCUAAAAUUUCUUCUUUUAAAAAUGGAAAGCAUAACGGAAAUGAACAGGAACUAGAACUAAUUAUAGGAUCCAUAUCAGUACAUUUGGCUAAUGAUGAUCUAAACAUACAAUCAAUGCCUAUCGUAUAUUUCACAACAAAAAUGAAUCCUAUUCCUGAACCAAUCAAAGUGUAUAUACGCAUAUCUCCCAGUGGACAAACUGAUCUUGUCGAGUGUGUAAAUGAAAAUCCAAUGAAUAAAGAUUUUGAUGAACAGACAACAACUAGAGAACAACCUGCUCAAUUUGAAGUAGGCAUUGAUCUAACGACCUUUAAUGAGUAUAUUUCAUCAUCUGAUCAAUUUUAUAAUCCAAAUAGAUCUAAUCAUGAUCAUUCUGUUGAAUGGUCAUUAUGGAAUCAAGCUAAUCCUAAGCAAAAUUGUUUUAUUCCUUUAGUAGUCAGACAGAACUUUGCUCAAGAUGCACCAAGACCUCAUUCUAAACAGAUAACUUAUUACCCUGGUAAUAAAGCUCAUAUGUUCGCCUAUCGCCAAUCUGCUAGUAUGCAUACCCACUUAUUUGUACACUUUAAAAUACCUUUGGCUGAAAUCACAAUUGAACAUAAACAAACAGUAGAACUACUUUGUUUACGAUUAAUGUAUGAUCUUUUAUUAUGGCAAUCAUUAUUACCUAAUGAUCGUCGCCUACGUGCAACAUUAAAACGUCCAAAUCAUACUUGUCAAACAGUAGAUAAUGUGACAAAUUUACAAUCGGAUCAUCGUUAUUGGUUUUUAAGUGAUCCUGCUCCUUUAGCCAGUAUCUAUGCUCAUCCAGACGCUGCACGAGCAGCCGCUGAACUUGAAGCAAUAUCACCAAUUGGUUAUUAUAAUGUAAAUCAUCAUCCAAGCGGUCUACAUUAUCAUUCAGUUAAAAGUGAUGAAGAAGAAGAUAGUGAUUAUGCUGAAAAUGAUUUAAACGAAUUAUAUAGUAAUACUUUUAAUAUCAAAGACAAUACUAUUAGCAAUCAUUACACAAAAUAUAAGAAAGAGAAUGUAAACCGUUUUAAUAGUAAAAUCUCUUGGUCAAAUGAUUUACGAAGAAAUGUUAACAAUAAGAAUAAUAUAAAUUUAAAUCAACACUCCUUGUUGCAUAAAAGCCGUCAACGUUGUACUGGUAAUCAUCGUACUAAUAAUAACACUACUUACAGUGCAGAUCAUAAAGUAGUAGGACCAUUAACAAAUACUUCUGUUCAAUUUCAAUCCUCUAUUUGUUUGCAAUUAGAUAUAAAUUCCUUACAAUUUACAACAUUCCUUCCUGAAUCACAAUCAUCAUCUGUGGGAGGAAUUCGACUGACUGAAAAAGUGAUUAUAAAUGCUUCUAAUACUACAUUAUUUACUGAGCUUUCGCAUAAUUCUAAUCCGAAUUUAAAUUAUGUUGAAAUGGAAGUUGGUGAAUUCGAUAUAUCUUAUAGUUGUAGCCAAAAUCCGAAUUCUGAUAAUCAUAGUUCUGCUGAUAACGCUCACCCAUCAUCAUCAGAUUCGGCAGCUAGUUUAUGGCCAGUUUUAAUUCAUCUUUCAUGGGAUUCUAUUGGCUAUCCAUAUGGUUCAACACUUCAUCAAGUUGGUGUAUCUACCGCGAAUUCAUCGAACGAACCAACUUUUAGCAUGGCUUUAGAACAUAGACAAAUUCAUCGUUUAUCCGAUUCAGGUAAUUCAACGUACGAUGAUGAAUUCAUUUUGACUCUUCGAAUUCAAGAGGUUUGUUUUGUUUAUUGGCCACUAUUCAGUUUAAAUAAUCGUUGGGAUAUUUAUUCAAAUAUUGGCAAUCCCAAUUUAACAACUCCAGUCAAUUCUUCACAUUCUACUACUACCACUACUAAUUUUAAUUAUUUAACAGGUUUACCGAAUUGGUUUAUUCGAUUUUGUAGUUUAUAUCAAACUCCUAAUUUAUCAUUCAUUACAGAAGAAUAUCCGAGUUAUUAUGCACCAGCUUGUCUAUUCUCUCAACAUUUACACUUUGAACAUUUAACGGCUACAUUUUCAAUGCCUUACCCAGAAUAUUUUAUCUUGUCAACAAAUAGGCCGACUUCUGUAAAUUAUCAAAUGCCUAUUUUACAUUUUAUGAUUGGUUGUGAAUCAACUAGUAUUACUGUAAAUACAGCUAUGGAAAUGUUGACAUUUUGUUCAUCAAUAAAUAAUAAUAAUCAAGUCGAUAUGCAACCUGGAAUGUUAGUUAUGGCAUUUAUUAAUAAUCUGGCCAUAUUUGUAUUCCCUUUUAAAUUUAAUUCAAUCAAUCCAAAUUCAUUGAAUCCUCGGUUAUGUGAUAUCAAUUCUUCUCAUCCAUUAUUAAUUAAUUUUCGUCAUUGGCUUAGUACAUUCGAUUUGAAUAAAGCUGUUUGUAUAGCAAGCCUAGAUCAUUUGGAAUUAAAAUGUUUUUCUGAGCCAAUUAUUAUACCAAAUGCAACUGAUGAUAGUAAUAGUAGUAGUAGUAAUAUUCACCGUAGUAAGUCUUCAUUUACCUGUCAAAAUUCUGCAAUCCCUACUACUACUACUAAUCGAUUCGAUAUGCGUAUUACAAAUAACCUAUUGAAAAUUAACACAUGUGCUGAUAUUUUAGUCAUUUUACAUAAAUUCGUUGAAUUAUUAACAAUAUAUGAUAUGAAUAAUUAUAAUACAACUACUCCUUCACCAACAAUGCAUUCAUCACCAAUCCAUGUAAAGAAUACAUCAUCAUUAAAACUAGAUCCAACAUUAUGUCCACAACUUCAUGCAUCAAGUCCAAUUCCAUCUGGUUCAGCUUACUCGAAUCCUUUUCGAAAUAUACUCGAUGAUAAUCAAUGUAAGAGUGGUUCAGUUAGUAGCCUUGAUCUUAUACAAGAUGCAAUUUCUGAUGUAGAUUCUGUUCAUUCAUCACCAUUUAAAAUUGGUAAUGUAAAAAGAUCAUCGGCUGUGGAUAUUCCUUCAAAUAUCUUACAAACUUCCAGUAAAAACAAAGAAUCAUUAACAAGAAAAGUAGAGAAAAAAUUAGCUAUUAACACUUGUCCAACUCCCCAACCAUGUCGUACUGUACAUAGUAGUAGUAAAAGGAAAUCGAAUACUUCAAUAAAUAAUGAUAUAAAAUCAUGUAGUUCUAGUCCUUGUCCCAUUAAUACUUCUAAUGAUGCUACGUCUAUGAAUGAUAAAAGUAAAAAUCAACUAUACUUAGAUCUAUCUGAUCAAUUGAAAUCUAUGUCAAGUCGCUCACACAAUUCUGGACCAUCAAGUCUUUCUGAUGAUUUUGUUUUCAUUGAUCCAUCCACUGUUCCAGUAUUGAAUUAUACAACACCAAAAGAAAAAAUUCGUUGUUUACUUCAACCAACUAAACAAUUGUCGAGCCCCACUAUCACUACUAAUGAUCAAACUUCGUCACCAUUGAUAAGUUUUGAUAUUCAUGAAAAUUUCUACUCUCCACCUAGUUCCACUACAAAUUUUAAAAAUUAUCGUGCUAACCGAUGGAAUCGUUUAUUCAUUGAUCCUGUUAAAAUUUAUCCACGUCCUUUAUUAGCUAUAACAUUGUAUGAUUUUUCAUGUGAAUGGAAUAUAUAUGGUGGCAAUGAUUUGUUACCUACUUCGUCAGCAGCAACAACUCCAUUGUUAGGCAAUAUCCCAUCCAAUGAGAUAUCUAUCCCUGUUCCACCACAUAAUAAAUCCCCAGUGCUAUCUUCCUCAUCACCACUCAAAGAUCCUACUCAAAAAUUAAUAACUCCAUCUCGUUCAAAUGAAUCACUUCUAACUAAUAAAAGUGCUACAAAUAUACGAUCUGGUGGGAAUAUUUCACCUAAUCAAAUGUUAAAAUCCUGUCCUAAACCUGGCUAUCGUUUUCGUCAUGGUCAACCGCUUAUUAAUAAACCAAGUAGUAGGGGUAGUGUCGGUGCCAGUGGUCCUGUUCGUAUGCAUUCGAAUGAUUCACGUUCGGAAAAUAUUUCGUUACAAUCGCCCAAAGAUUCAAAAGGUAUCCGUUCUCGUUUAACAUUGUAUUCACAAGGUGGCCCAGGACGUCAGCUUGAUAAUUGUAUCUCAUUCAAUAUCUCAAAAUUAUACUUUCGACAAGCGAAGUUCCCAGCUCGUAUGAAAAAAUCAAUUCAUCAGCAUCAAGGACAACAACUGAAUUCAUCACAUAAUUUAUUCAGUCUAACUGUAGAUCCAUUUCAACGUUUAAUUAUUCAUGUCCCAUCUGUUGUAAUAGUUGAUCAUGUUAGUAGUUCAAAUGUCAAUCAAUUACUUUACUCAUAUAAUCGAAACUAUUCACCAAGUAUCAAUUUACUACCGCAUAAUUUAGAUACACCAAUGUUACGUAUGGUUGUUGUCUGUUGGCCAGUUAUACCAAGUUAUUUAGAACAGGAUAAUAUUUCAUUAUUAUCUCAACAACAAAUAGUAGAAAGAAGCAAGGUUGACAAUGAAAAAUUUGUAAGAAAAGGAGAAAAUGUUAACAUUGAUGAUAAUGAUGAUACAGAAGAUGAAGACAAUGUAUCAAAUGAUUGUUCAGUGAAUAUAACACAAUUACAAUCUAUGAAAAAUUUCGAUUAUAUUUAUUUACCACAACCUAAUAAUCUUGAAGUGGAAAUUAAACUAUCUAUUCAACCAUUGAAAAUUAAUUUAGAUCAAUAUACACUGCUGUUUUUAUACGAAUAUCAAGAAAAUUUCAAAAGGUUGCUCACUGCUUCUUCAAGAGAAUCAGACAACUUUCAGAUGGGACAAUCUGUAUCAAGCUUGGAGUUUAGAUCUCCAACUCAAGUAUGUACUCAAUAUGGCUUAGCUUCAAGUCCUAAUAUCAAUCCAAGUAACUCAACACAGCCUCAUUUAAAGCAAUACAAUGAUAAUGUUAAUACAGUUCCUUCACCACAGAGUAUUUUAGUUCGUCCAGUUUACUUUCCAAUGGACCCUAUCGAACAUAAUCAGCCUGUUUUAUUUAUAAGAAAAUUCACUUUCUACCCUGACUUAUCUGUUCACCUUGAUUAUCAUGGAAGGCGUUUGGAUUUGAGUGGGGGUUCAUUUCAUGGCUUACUUGCAAUGCUUCUUCAAUUAACGAAUGCUGAAUUCACAAUUCCUCGACGUGUUUAUCAACGUGGUUAUCAAAGUUUCGAUAGAUUAAUUGAAGAAGUUGUAGAAGAUUUAAGUUCUAUUAUCUCAGCACAACUACCUCAUGCUAUUGUAACUAGUUUUGGUCCAAUGCAUGAAGUAACACAAUUUCGUAAGUUACAUUGAAUUGAUUUGCUAUAUUUUAUUUCUCGUCUGAAUAAUAUUUUGUGUAUGAAAAUUAAGUAAUAAACGUUAUUUAAGUGGUACUUUUGUUGUCUACAUUGUACUCAUCAUAAAAAUAAUUUAUCAUCGUUCUAGGAUGAUUGAAUAUUCAUUCAACUUAUUUACAAAUUCAAUGCUUACUAGAUUCUUUCACUUCUGUGUUACUAUGAUUGCUUUCACUUACACACUGAUUGACUGACUAUACUCUCUUUAUUCUGAUCUAAAUGAGCCAAAACUAUGUAAAUCAGAACUAAUAGCCAGAUCUUAGUUAUUAUUAUUUAGAACAAUUCUGACUGACAGACUGUGAUUUUAAUGAUUAAAGGUGAAGUAUAAUCGAUUAAUUGCUAACAAAACACAAUCAGAGUAUUUUUUUAAUUCGUUGGAGUAAAUUAAGAAUCAUAAUCUACCCCCCUAUCAUAAAAUAAUCGAGUUGAUAUUUCUUGAAAAAUUAUUGUUUAAUGUGAAUUUUAAUUUCACCAAAUACAUAGAGAUAAAAAUAUGACAUCGUUAUGACUGCUGUUCUAGUCACGUAAUUAAUUUGAGGAAACCAGAUUUUCUACUUUAACUAAUUACGAUGAUUGACGGAUAAGAUCAUGUUUUGCUACAAAUAAAACAAUUUAAUCUUAAUAAUAACUGAAUCAUUUAUGCAUGACAAACAAAUUAAUCAUUUAGUUAUUACAUCAUAUUUGUCUUUUUCUAAUAUCCAAUAUAUUUUCAGGAAAUAUAUUGUCCUCCUAUUACAUGAGUUUUCAAAUCAUUAUUCUCUAUUGCUUAAGAUUAGUUGCAAUCUGUCGGUCAAGAAAUUCGAUGUGACUAAGUUAACGAAGUAUGAUGUGAUCACAAUAAUGUAGUGGAUUAAGCUUAGUAACAAGUGUUUAGAAGCUGGAUACGCGAAGUAGUCUGUUAUCUUUAUUAGUAACUAUCAUUAAUUAUAUAAUAGCUGUGAUACUGUCCGAUCGCCCGAAACGAAGCACGUAGUUUCUUCAAAAGCCAUAUUCUCUAGGCGAUGGAGAAACGUCAAUUAAUGCUAUCUCAUGUUAUUCAAUAACCGUAGUUGGUUCAAAUGCUAUUCAUUCCCUUAGGAUUCUAUAGCCCCUGUGUACAACUGGUUUAGAAUAAUGGUUCCUUAACUCUUUUAAGUGUUCUUUCCCCAUUGGCCGGAUGUAAGCGCCGUAUGCCUGCUCUCACCCUUCUGCUCUUAUGAACUCUCGUAUUUCAAGGCUUCUUUGAAUGAGAUUAUAAAUGCGCUGCUGUAUGAAAACAUUUCAAGAGAGAUGACUUUCCUCACCUUUGAUGGGACUAGUUCGUCUGGAGCAUGUUCGAAAACACUUAUUGAGAACUCUGAACCUUGGCUCCAUUUUUCCCAGUUAUAAAUAACCUAGAAACUCAUCCAACUACAACUUGUAUUGUUCAUAUCUAUCCAUUAAGAGAUAUUUUCACAGAUAUCCUCAGAUGUUAAGUUACACCUUCACAAAAAUGAAACAGGCCGUCUCCUAACAAAUAUUAUUAAGUUCGCAAAUAUUGGUCCAUGACCGUUUGUUCAUAACACAAGAUCUAGAUAUAUCUUACGGAUAAAUCUGAUUUUUUCUUUAUCAUUCCAAGUAUUCAUUAAGUUUUUCAUUGUUUCUUAAAGCUAAUAGAUUAUUCCAUUGAAAGUCUCUCUAAUGUGAUUUUUACGUCGUUAUAUGAACUUCUCUCAGUAAUGUAUCGGUUACGCUAGAUUUAGUUAACAAGGGUAUUAUUGCUGUUAAAUCGUGCACUAUUGGUUCUUCAUGUGUACUGUCGUAAUACACAUCGAAAUCUUAUUCUUAUAUUUCAGUUCUCGGUUUAUGGGAUCUAGUCUAUCAACCUGUUUGCAGCUUCUAUGGGACGGCUGAAUUACCUAAUACAUCAUUGGAUUCUGGUCAUGUUGGUACAGCUGUUUGUAAAUUGGGUCUGUUUAAAAAACCUCAUCAGCUUCGCAAUGAAAUUUGUCAUAGUAGAGAAUAUACGCCUACAGAUACAUCUUGUGGUACCAAUCGAAGUGGAAUUAUUCAUGGUCUUAGAAGGGGCACACGAUCAUUUUCAACAAGUACUCUAUGGGCUACCUUACAGUUGAGUAUUCAAGGUAUAAGAGCUCUUCAAUCUAUUGCAGAAACGGCUUACGAUUUAGUUACACCAGGACCAGCUUUACGUAGUCGACGAUUAUAUUUAAGACAACCAGCUGAUAUACGCGAAGGAUUCGGUAAUGCUGUAAAUGUAUUGACGCGAGGAUUUCAAAUGGUAGCAGAAGAUUUGUGUGGUGCUACUGCAUUACCAUCAGAAGUUGAAAUUGGAUAUAAAGGUCCAGUUGGAAUGGUUGGUGAUGUGUUACGUCAAAUACCACCAACUAUGGUCACGCCCAUAGUGGCCAGCUGUGAAGUAACAGCAAAUAUUCUCGGGGGUUUACGUAACCAACUUAGACCUGAAGCUAAAGUUGAGGAUGAACAAAAGUGGAAGAAUACUUACGGCUUAUAAUUAAAAAAAUGUAAUAAAUGAUAAAAGAUAGAUCCUUUUUAUUCCGCUUGCACAUAAAAACGUCAAAAAGUGUAUAAAUUAUGAAAAAUGAGAACUUUUCAAUUUUGAAACACUUAAUUACUUGCCUUUCUCCUGUUACUGAUCACUUCUAAACCCUUUUUUUCGCACAUUAACUAACUUCAGAUAAAUAUUCAUUUAACUAAUAUGUCUUUCGUUAUUUUCUCAUUUAUCUUUAAUCCUCAGCCAAUUAUUUAUGAGAGUACAUUGGAUGUAAAUUUUGUGAUUUUUGCGAACUUGAAUUAAACCCCCUUUUUCUCUAUUUCCCGCUCUCCUUUAUUAUGUUCACUCUGCAAUGCUGUUGCCGCUGUUAUUAUUCUUAUUAAUUCCAUUCAGUUUCACUUCUAUUUUCUAUUCUUCAGCUUAUUUUGCUUUUCCCUUAAAUUAUACUUUCAAUGAUGUGGCUUAUUUUUAUUUAUCAAAGAAUAAAAACAAAGGCCAGAUUGAGUAUCUAGUGGGUCGUGUUAAUAAUAAUGAACAACAGUUUUCUUACUGUGCAUAAAUUUUCUAGAUAUUUCAAA